CUUUCUGUACCUUCUGUCGGUUGGUUCCACUGUUCAAAUCCACUGACAAGUCGUUCAUUCAGUUGAGUUGAGUCGUCAAAAUUUCAUAUAGCAGAAUUUUAAAGGGUUUGGUCGUUUGGAGUUGAACAUUUAAAUUUUAAAAGGAAAAUGUUGAGGCUGGAUGGCAAAGUUGUGCUUGUCACUGGAGCUGGCAAUGGUCUUGGAAAAGAAUAUGCACUAGCAUUUGCCGAAAGAGGAGCCAAAGUUGUAGUGAAUGACCUGGGUGGCAGUUCCAGUGGAGAGGGUCAAAGUUCACGGCCUGCAGAUGAAGUAGUCCAAGAGAUUAAAAGCAGUGGUGGAGAAGCUGUUGCCAAUUAUGAUUCAGUUGAAGCUGGUGGAAAGAUAAUAGAUUUUGUCAUUAAAACCUAUGGAAGGAUUGAUAUACUUGUCCAUAAUGCUGGCAUACUGCGGGACAAAUCAAUUGCUAAAAUGAAAGAUGAGGAUUGGGAUUUAGUCCACGGUGUCCAUUUAAGAAGUGUCUUUCUAAUAACGAGAGUAGCCUGGGCUUACAUGGUGAAACAGAAAUUUGGAAGAAUAGUUACAAUUUCAUCGUCGGCUGGCAUCUAUGGAAAUUUCGGUCAGGCCAACUAUUCAGCAGCCAAGAUGGGCGUCGUUGGACUUAUGCAAACCUUAGCUGUGGAGGGCAAGAAGUACAACAUAACGUGCAACUCUGUGGCGCCGAUUGCUGGGUCAAGGUUGACGAGGAGUGUCAUGCCUGACGAAAUGGUUGAUGGUUUGAAAGCCAAGUAUGUUGCACCGUUGAUACUCUGGUUGAGUCAUCCCGAGUGUAAAGAUUCAGGCUGCCUGUUUGAAUGCGGAGCUGGAUGGAUUGGUAAACUGAGAUGGGAAAGAAGUGCUGGCUAUGUUGUGAGGAAGCGAGGCUUGCCUAUGACACUUGAAGAUGUGAAGGAGAACUGGGAUAAGAUAUGUGAUUUCUCCGACUCUCACCAUCCAACCAACAUACAUGACGCAAAUGCGAAAUACUAUGCGACACUGGAGGUACUGGAUAACAAUGAUGAGUCUGCCAUUAAACUCAACAAAACAUCAUCAGCACCAUCGUCAUCUCAUGAUAUUGGAGAUAGUGAAGAGUUAGAGGGUUCAUUCACAUAUUCUGAUAAAGAUGUAAUCUUGUAUGCUCUCGGAGUUGGCGUAUCAACAAGUCAAGACGGCCACCUGAAGUUUCUGUUUGAACAGCACGAAGAAUUCUGCACGCUGCCCACCUUUGCAGUCAUUCCACCGAUGGAGCCUCUCUUACAGCUGGUCACUCGAUGCCAGAUCAACGGAACACCCAUCGACUUUACUCAGGUGUUGCAUGGAGAGCAAUAUGUGGAGUUGUUUGAGCCACUGCCAACGUCAGGCACCCUCCAAUCCAGGUCUCGUGUGGUUGAUAAGCUGGACAAGGGCAAAGGUGCUGCCCUCCUUGUUGACACGAAUUUGUAUAAGAAAGACGGAACCAAAGUUGCUUAUCAGCAGAAUGUCUUUUUUGUUAAUGGAAGCGGUGGAUUUGGAGGUCCCAGGACAUCAGAGAAAAUGAUUCCGGUGUUAAACUCGCCUGACAGAAAACCAGAUGCUAGUAUAGCUCAGAAAACUUGCAUAGAUCAGGCGGCAUUGUAUCGCCUGUCUGGGGAUCGAAAUCCUCUGCACAUCUCUCCUGUUUUUGCUUCACUGGCUGGAUUUGACACACCAAUCCUACAUGGCUUAUCUUCAUACGGAUUUGCAGUACGUCACGUGAUGAAACAGUACUGCAACGAUGACGUCAAGCUAUUUAAAUCUGCUAAGGUUCGCUUCUCAAGUCCCGUCUUUCCGGGUCAGACCAUCCAGACAGACAUGUGGAAGGAGGGAGAUAGGAUUUACUUCACUUGCAAGGACUUAGAGACAGGCAAGCAAUGUCUCACUGGUGGUUACGUCGACCUACAAACUCAGCCUACGACAAACAACGUCAAACUAGCCAGUCACAAGAUGUUCACAAAGAUGGAAGCAUACGUCAAGGCCAAUCCAGUCGUCAGUGGAUCAGUUAAUGCAUCAUACCUCUUCAAUGUCAAAAAGUUUGGCAAGCUUGAGGCUCAAUGGACUGCAAUAUUGAAAGGAGUCAGUCCAGUUUUCUCGGCAAGUCCACCGCAGAAAGGUGUUCAUGUUGACUGCACACUUACAGGCGAUGAUGAAGAUUUCGUUCUGUUGGUCAGCGGAAAGUUGAAUGGAGUAGAGAUAUUCAGAAGUGGUCGAAUAGCCGUGGAAGGCCAACAUAUGGUGGCCUACAAGCUCGGAGCUCUCUUUCAUAAUGUCCACAACACGAAGGCCAAGUUGUGAUAAGUGGAUCCAUCCACACGCCGAGUAUGGUUUAGCGCUACCGCAGUAAUUAAUCACAUCAAUGAUCAUCUGCCAACACUAUUAGAUGCUUUUUAUCACUGAAGCAAAUUACAUUUUGAGAUUAACCACAAAUUUGUUAUUGCUCUUUAAAAAAUUCCAUUCCACUACAUUUUAUGUUUAUUAUUAACAUUUCUGUUGACUGUUUAUGAUUGUAAAUCUGUUAUGGUUAAUGAAUUUGUUAAACUUUAAAUAAAAAAAAGCACUUUAUUUUAUAUAAACUACGAAAGAUUCCCAGUGAGAUAAUACCCACAUACAAAUAAAUCAAAUCCAUCCUCAUUUGCUUUAUUGAAAUUUUUAAUGCAUUUGCAACCAACAGAAAUGUUUGUGUGCUACAAAAUCCAAGAAAUAUAAACUAAAUCAGCUGUU